GAAUAAAGAUAAAACAAGAGAAAAUACAGCGAAUUUGAACAAAUUUGCUUUAAAAUCAAACGUGAAAAUUAUCAACAAAAUUUUGCGCCCGAUUGAAAAAGAGCCGAUUGAGAGAGAGUCUACGUAUAUAGCAGAGGUACUGAUCCAAUCGAUAAAAUGACUAUAUCUUUACGAUGUAAAUAAGAAAUACCAAACAUAACAGGAAGUGGUGGUAAAUGCCUUCCUUAGAAAACUGCUGUCAAUUGGUAAUACCUCCCUCAGGAACUACUACUAUUAUUAGUUGUCCAGGAUCCCACUUAUUAUGGGUGGAGCUUAAAUGGUCUUGGCAUUAAAAUAAAUCAAGUCACAGCUUUACAUUAUUUCUUUUCCCAGUAAAUUUACGUUUCGAUAGAGGCCAAGAAACCAGGGAAAAUGGAAAAACUGUAAUCCUGUUAACUUUUGAAUUUUUUUUUUAUUUUUUACGUCAUUUUAAGGGGCGUGGCCUAAUUUUUAAUUUGUGUUGAAUGCAAAAAAGGAAGGGAAGCCUCAAAGGUGGGAAAAGUUAAAAUAUGUAUUUUGCAAAGUAUUUUGUAAUUCAAAAGCUCAGAGAUAUCAUGUACGAUUUUUCCUUAUUAAAAAUGCAUGUGUUUUCUAUUUGCAAAAUUUAAUAGAUUUUUUUGGCUUUUCAUUUAUUCCUAAGUGGUUAUUCAUAAGCAAAUAGAGUGGCUCGAGUUUCCGGUUCCUCGAAAAAAUGUAUGGGUUCCCUGAGUUCCCUGUGAGUUCCCUGAAAAAAUGUGUGAGUUCCCCGGAUUCCCUGAAAAAAUACAUAGGUUACCCGGGUUCCCUAAAAAAAUACAUGGGUUCCCCGUGAGUUCCCUAAAAAAAAUGUAAGAGUUCCCCGGGUUCCCUGAAAAAAUACAUGGGUUCCCCGUGAGUUCCCUAAAAAAAUGUAAGAGUUCCCCGGGUUCCUUGAAAAAACACAUGGGUUCCCCGGGUUCCCUGAAAAAAUGUAUGGGUUCCCCAGGUUCCCCGUGAGUUUUCUGAAAAAAUGUGUGAGUACCCCGAGUUCCCCGGGUUCUCUGAAAAAAAUACAUGGGUUCCCCGGAUUCUCUUAAAAAAAUACAUGGGUUCCCCGUGAGUUCCCUAAAAAAAUGUAAGAGUUCCCCGGGUUUCUUGAAUAAAUACAUGGGUUCCCCGGGUUCCCUGAAAAAAUGUAUGGGUUCCCCGUGAGUUCUCUGAAAAAAUGUGUGAGUACCCCGAGCUCUUCGUGAGCUCCCCGAGUUCCCCGGGUUCCCUGAAAAAAUACAUGGGUUCCCGGGUUCCCUAAAAAAAAAUACAUGGGUUCCCCGUGAGUUCCCUAAAAAAAAUAUAAGAGUUCCCUGGGUUCCCUGAAAAAAUACAUGGGUUCACCGGGUUCCCCGUGAGUUCCCUGAAAAAAUGUGUGAGUACCCCAAAUUCUUCGUGAGCUCCCCGAGUUCCCUGUGAGUUCCCCGGGUUCCCAGAAAAAAUACAUGGGUUCCUCGGGUUCCCUAAAAAAAACAUAUGGGUUCCCCGUGAGUUCCCUACAAAAUAUAAGAGUUCCCCGGGUUCCCUGAAUAAAUACAUGGGUUCGCCGGGUUCCCUGAAAAUAAGUAUGGGUUCCCCGUGAGUUCUCUGAAAAAAAUGUGUGAGUACCCCGAGUUCUUCGUGAGCUCCCCGAGUUCCCCGCGGGUUCCCUGAAAAAAUGUGUGAGUUCCCCGGGUUCCCUGAAAAAAUACAUGGGUUCCCGGGUUCCCUAAAAAAAAAUACAUGGGUUCCCCGUGAGUUCCCUAAAAAAAAUAUAAGAGUUCCCUGGGUUCCCUGAAAAAAUACAUGGGUUCACCGGGUUCCCCGUGAGUUCCCUGAAAAAAUGUGUGAGUACCCCAAAUUCUUCGUGAGCUCCCCGAGUUCCCUGUGAGUUCCCCGGGUUCCCAGAAAAAAUACAUGGGUUCCUCGGGUUCCCUAAAAAAACAUAUGGGUUCCCCGUGAGUUCCCUACAAAAUAUAAGAGUUCCCCGGGUUCCCUGAAUAAAUACAUGGGUUCGACGGGUUCCCUGAAAAUAAGUAUGGGUUCCCCGUGAGUUCUCUGAAAAAAAUGUGUGAGUACCCCGAGUUCUUCGUGAGCUCCCCGAGUUUCCCGCGGGUUCCCUGAAAAAAUGUGUGAGUUCCCCGGGUUCCCUGAAAAAUACAUGGGUUCCCCGGGUACCCUUAAAAAAAUACAUGGGUUCCCCGUGAGUUCCCUAAAAAAAAUGUAAGAGUUCCCCGGGUUCCCUGUAAAAAUACAUGGGUUCACCGGGUUCCCCGUUAGUUCCCUGAAAAAAUGUGUGAGUACCCCAAAUUCUUCGUGAGCUCCCCGAGUUCCCCGGGUUCCUAGAAAAAAAAUGGGUUCCCUCCCCGGGUUCCCUGAAAAAAAUGUAUGGGUUCCUCGGGUUCCCUUGUCAGAUGGGCUCGAGUUCCCCGAAGUGAGUUACCCCUUGUUUAUUCUCUGGUCCCAUUUUUUCGAUAAAUUGACGUACUGCUUUUGGAUACCGACUUCUGAAGUUUAGUUAGUGAUUCAGUGAGAAUAUCAAACUGCCCCGCUGUCCUAUAUAUUCACUAACUUCAUACUAGUGAAAGAUUUAUAUCGUCUCUAAAGUGGUUGUGGAAUUCUUGUGGGGAGUAUAAUUUUUAUAAUAAUCCUAUUUAUUUUUUGGCUAUGUCGUCAUGUGAAAUUCAUUAAAAUCUUGGACACGAUUGAGAGAAAGAUGAAAAUUUGCCGAGAAGAACUGCCAAUUGCAUAAUGCCUAAUUAUUAAGCUCUAUGACUAAAUAAAUUGAUCUAUUUUUUAGUGGUUUUCUUUGUGGGUUUAUUGGUAUCUUUUUGUGAGUUUAUAUUACCUAAAAUUAUCUAUUAAUUUAACUGUAUAUUUUCUGAAGCGAGAGAGUUAAAAAACAGUCUUGUCGAUGAAUUCAUUGUAAAAGAAAACUAGUGAUAAAAAUGCAUGUUAAAAACGUCCAAGAGGCAAAAAUUUAUGUCAUUCUAGUGGAAGAGAAAUUGUUGACAAAUUAUAGUAAACCAAAAUUGAACUUUUGUUGUUUUAUUCAAGGGAUUUAAUCCAAAAUCAAUCGAAUCAAUUUUUUCUGCACGAGUUUCUGCAUCUGGGAAAGUGACCGUUUGGCGCCAGAUUUGAAUUUAUCUGCAGGUGGGAUUUUUUUGGUGGGAAAAUCUUAGUUGAGAAAACCACCAAAAUGGCGAAGAAUCUGCAGUUAUUCUCCAUCCCUUUUGCGUGGUUGCACGGGAAAAGUUAUUUUUAAGUGAUUUAUUUGUAAAAUAUUGUGUAUUUGGUGAAAAUUCCUGUUGAUUGCCACUCGUGGAAGUAAUGGAGCCAUUUACGUGUUUCAUGGAAUUUCGAUCGUACAUCGAUGAACUGUACUCGAAUGACUACCAAAAGUGUCAGGAGGCGAUGGUCUGCCUGAAGAAUGCCGUGAUCGGGAGCAACAAACAGAAGGCUUCGGUGGUGUCUCAGGGUAUUGUGCCAAGGCUCAUAGCACUCCUCACGGAUGAAACUGUACCCCUGGCACUACGCUGUGAUGCUGGCAUUGUCAUUGGUUCUCUAGCAAAGGGAGCCAAUGAUCAGGUGCGUCAAUUGAUCCUGUAUGGCACAAUUCACGUCCUCCUGCAACUGAUCAUGAAGAAGAACAGCGAGAAGCAACUCGUUGAGAUCUGCCUGAGAGCCCUUCGGUCCAUCUACCAGUAUCGUUAUGCUCCGACAGAUGUUCUUCACUCCAACAAUGGGACACUCACCUAUCUCAUAGCAGAUUUAGCAUCGCCCAAUAGUUCCAUCGAGUGCCAAUCGUGUAUAGCUAACAUCCUGGUGCCCAUUUGUCACUCCUACAUUGAGCAGAUGCUUCUGUGCCAGGCUGGAGCUAUUCCUCUCUUGGCACGCCUCAUCACUUCCAACCACCUGGUGUUGCAGACGCCGGCACUCAAGUGUCUGGCAUCGAUGUGCUUUACCAAUCGGGCGGUGUCUGACAUCGUGUGCGCCACUAGUCAUGACGACGAGAUGAUCCCCGACAUUCUUACGCGAUUGACGUCACGUUCUCGGCCCGUGGAGGUGCAACUGACAGCUGCAAGGUGCCUCACGUACCUCCAUCGGUCGGGAUCUCUCAAUUCCAACGACAGUCGGAUCGAAUUCAAGACAUUGCCUUGUCUGGCCAGGCUCUGCACUGAGGAGUUCGAUGAGGACACGAGAGCCACGGCAGCAGAGACACUGGCGUACUUGGCAGAGAUCGACUCGGAUCUUCAAAGAUUGGCAGCUAUUAGCAAUCAUCUGAUAAAUUCCCUGAACUCCCUGCUGCAGUGUACAUCAGCACUGCCACGGCAAGGGGCUUUUCGGUGUUUUGCUUCCCUGGGAGCUAAUGACGAAGAUAUCCGAAAGAGGAUUAUCGAAAUGGAUGGAUUGAUGGAGGAAGUUCUGGCUGGAUUGGGUGAUCACUGUCCGGAAGUGCGUCUGGCGGCUGUUCGAUGUUUGCAUUCACUCUCACGAUCAGUUCAGCAACUGCGGACAACAUUUCAGGAUCAUUCGGUGUGGCGUCCGUUGAUGGCUCUGCUGACGGGGCAGCCGACAAAUGAGCUACUUACCGUGGUCACAUCAACCAUUUGCAAUCUUUUACUCGAAUUUUCACCAGCAAAGGAACCUAUGUUAGAAUCUGGAGCUGUGGAGAUGCUGUGUGAACUGACGAGGAAUCAGGAUCCAGCAUUGAGGCUCAAUGGCAGCUGGGCACUCAUGAAUAUGGCUUUCCAGGCGGAGCAGCAUGUCAAGACGAAGAUAAUUAAUACCUUGGGAACAGAUAGGAUUUUUCAAUUGCUAGCCGAUUCGGACACGCGGGUGAUCAUGAAAACACUGGGACUUCUGAGGAAUUUGCUCAGUAACACCCUUCAUAUUGACAGCAUAAUGUCUGAGCACUCAGAAAAGGUGAUGCAGGCGGUGAAUCUGGUGCUAGAUUCGCAGCAUCCGAGUGAUGUGAAGGAGCAGGCAUUGUGUAUCAUUGGGAAUAUUGGGGCUGGGGCUCAGGCUACGGACUAUGUGAUGGAGGAUGAAAAUACGCUGAGGAAAUUGGGGGAGUUUCUCAUAAACAAAGAUGUGAAGUUGCAGGCGGGGGCGAGGUUUGCAAUUGGAAAUCUUUUACGGAAGAAUGACAUCACAGCUCCUGCCAGACGCAAUAGACUGAAGGAAUUGGGAAUACUCAAUCGAUUGGAGGAAUCAAGGCGGCAGGAGCUCUUCGGAACGCAUGUCUACGAUGAGAUCACUUCCCUGAUCCGGGAAUUUGACUACAUGACGUGAUGCGGCAAUUGGUGGCCGCCACUUGGGAGUUUCUACGUUGAUAAGGCAAACAAUCAAUCGAAAUCAUCUUCCUGCAAGUAUCAUUUUUUACUUCAAUUGUUUAUUAUUGUAAACAUAUUUUUAAUUUUUUUUAUUAUCUAGUCAUGCACACACACAAAUCUUUCAUUAUUUUUUUCGCAUUUUUAUCUUUCAUCUUCCAAUUUAAUAUUGUCUCAGUUUAUCAGAAUCACAAUCAUCCAUCAAAAAAAAAAAUCAUAAUCUAUCACGCAUUAAAUUCUUGUUAAAGGACAAAAAAAAAUCUUGAAAUGUUCAAAUGAAUCGACAAAUUUUGGAAUUAGAAUGAAAAGAGACUAUUUCAAAAUUUCGAAAAAAAAAUUAUUGUUAUUUAAACGGGAAACUCCCAUUAUUUUGUGACUGUUUUCUUUAUUAGAGUUUAUUAUUACAAAAGUAACACAAAAAGAGUUAUUUUUUGCUUCUUUCCAAAAAAAAAGUACACAUCCAACCUUUACACACAAUUUCUUUUUCCUGAAUUUUUGCAUGAAAACUUUUUAUAAAGAGUUUUGUCUCCCUCAAAAACAGAUUUAUAUAAUAAAUAUUUGCAAGGUGACACCAAUAAAAAAAAA